GGUCAGACUAAAAGAGGGAAACAGGGAACAGACAAGGAUGGAAAAAGUUCUUCUGAGCAUCAUCGCUGCAUCAGGUCUGUGCGCCGUCUCAUCACAUGUUCAACGUCAGUACCAUUUUGUUUAUGAGCUGAAGAACAUGACUGAAGCGCAGAGCUACUGCAGAGAAAAAUACACCGACCUGGCCACUGUAGACGACAUGGAGGAUGUGAAGACUCUGAACGAAAUGGCAGAUCUGAGCAAAAUGAAGUACAAAGAAUACAGCCAUAGAGCCUGGAUUGGGCUGUACGAUGAUCUGCACAGCUGGAGGUGGUCACUGUCAGACAGACGUUUCUACAAGGACGGGGAGACGGAGUUCAGACAAUGGGCCCCAAAAGAGCCCAACAACCAAGACAGUGGAGAACUCUGUGCACAGAUGUAUGAUACUGGGCGAUGGAAUGACUACAAAUGUACAAACCCUUUGAAGGCAGUCUGCAUUGAUGUCAGAGGGCCGACAGUGACGUUUGUCCUCUCUGACAACUCCAUGACCUGGACCGAGGCCCAGAGCUACUGCAGAGAACACUUCACUGACCUGGCCAGCGUGAGAAACAUGGCAGAGAACCAGAAGGUAAAGGAGCUGGUACCUGCCGGAGGAGAAGUCUGGAUCGGCCUCUUUAGAGACUCCUGGAAGUGGUCGGAUGGAAGUAACUCCUCAUUCAGACUCUGGAACCAGGGAACAAAGGAACCUAAUAACAACCAUAAGAAGGAGGCUUGUGUGGCAGCAGCGUUUAACUACUUUGGGAAAUGGGAGGACUUCAACUGUGACUUCAAGAGAGCAUCCAUUUGCUACAGUGCCGUGCCUGCUUCAAAGCAAGUGAUGAAAGUGAGUCUGAAGAAGAAAAGCUCCUCUGUGGAUCUGAAUGACCCUGCUGUGAUGGAGGACGUCUUGAAGCAGCUCCAACAGAAGCUGAAGGACCAGGGGGUGAAUGAAGACGUCAAACUGAGCUGGAAGAAGCAGUCGGAUGGAAAGGUCUUCCACGAGGACCAGAAGGAGACAAAGGAGAGAGAAGAUGAGCUUUAAUGUUUAACUGCUGUGUUUAUUUUCAUGAGGGAAAAUAUAUUUCUAUUUUCAAAGUCCUCCUGUUAAUGGGUCAGAAUUAGGGAUGCAGUGAUUUCACUAUUAACCGUGCUUCAAAGCGUGCAUAAGCGUUGCACCAAAGUGUGUUUUUUAACCAACAAACAGCUUCAGCUUCACCAAAAGUGAACGUCAGUGUUUUUGGCUUCUCUGUCAGAAUUUACCUCCUUUUCUUCCUGCAGUCAGGACGGGUUAAUAUUAACGAGGGGCGUUUCACUGACCAUUUAUAGGCAACUAUGGGCGUUUGUAGGGUCGGACACGGCGCUCCCUCACAUGUGCCACAUUUCAAGUUGAUUGUCAUUUAUAAAGGGAACUUGCUCACAGAUAUCGUGAAACCGUGAUUAUACCUCUGACUAUAAUCGUACCAACAAAAUCUUUUAUCGUUGCAUCCCAAGUCAGAAUAGAGCUGUAGCAACUGUCACAACUGUUUUGAUAAUAAAUUAAUCCUUUUAGUAAUUUUUCCAAGCAGAAAUGCCAAAUAUUCGCUUUUUACAGAUUUUCAAAUGUGAGGAUUUGAUGCUUUUAUUUGUCAUAUAUGAUCAUAAAGUUAAUAUGUUUGGGUUUUAGACUGUUGGUUUAAUAAAACAAGACCUUUAAAAUUUAAUUGCAGCUGUGGGAAAUUCUAACAGACAUUUUCCAAAGCGACUUAUAUAUGAGGAACAACUUACAAGCAUUAACAUCAUGUACAGCACGAGAUCUACAACUGACAAUACAUACUAGUAAGAGCAGCAAUAAAUACUAGUAAGAGGUAAUAGCACAUAUCGCAUCAAUGGGGUAAAUACCUAUGGAAAGAAGUAAGACUUAACAAAAAAGUGCAAUCAAUACAGGCUAACUGUUUUCAAGAGCUCCUUGAAGUCAGAGAGGGACGCCCCUGCUCUGAUGGCGUGUGGUAGCUCAUUCCACCAUCGCGGUGUCACAGAUGAGAACAGCCG